AUGGAUUUCUUGAGCUGUAUACUAUGGCUUUGCCUCAUCUGGAUCUUGAUCAAAACCUUCCAUAUGAUUCCCAGAAGCAAAGCAACUCACAGCAAGCUUCCACCUGGUCCAAAACCUUUUCGGGUCAUCGGAAACCUCUUAGAACUCGGUGAAAAACCCCACAAGUCCUUAUCCAAGCUUGCCAAAGCUCAUGGCCCCAUAAUGAGCCUAAAACUAGGAAAAGUAACAACAAUAGUAAUCUCUUCGGCAGACAUAGCCAAAGAAGUCCUCCAGACACAUGACCGGCUCUUGGCCGACCGAACCAUCCCGGACGCAAUCCGAGUCUACAACAGCGAGGAGUACAGCUUGCCAUGGAUACCUAUUUCCGCCCGGUGGAGGAACGUUCGGAAAAUAUGCAGUGGGGAGCUAUUCGCCAACAGAAUACUCGACGCUAACGAAGAUAUCCGGCACAAGAAAGUCCAAGAGCUCCUCGCUGAAACUCAUCAGUGCGGCCUAACCGGUGAGGCAGUAGAUAUUGGGAAAGCAGUUUUCAAGACUACGCUUAAUCUUUUAUCAAACACCAUUUUUUCAGUGGAUUUAGCCGGAAAGGAUUCUGACAAGGCCGGAGCGUUGAAGGAGCUCAUCUGGAAUGUCAUGAAAGAGGCGGCGAAUCCCAACUUGGCAGAUUUUUUUCCUGUGUUGAAGAAGGUCGACCCUCAAGGCAUAAGGCGGCGCAUGGCAGGUCACGCUAGAAUGAUUAUGGACCUCUUUGACGGAAUGAUCAACCAACGGUUGCAGUUGAGGAAACUCUCUGACUCUAUCACGGACAGUGAUUUUUUAGACAUCCUUCUUAGCAUCAGUGAAGAAAAAAGUGAGGAGAUUGACAGGACUACAUCUACUCCGGGUUAG